AUGGAAGCACCACUCUCCUCUCCCUCUAUGAAAGGAACCUCCCAAAAUAAUACUUACUUCAUGGCCGGAUCAAAUUCCUCAUCCUCAGCCUCUUCUGCGCAAUCCAAUAACCCCACUACAUCAUCAACAGCGGCCCAAGCACCAAAUCAACACCAACACCAACAAACCCAACAAUACCACCCCGCACAACGUCCCCAACAAUCAAAUCAAGACGACGGAACCUCUCCUUUCCUCCGCGACUUUAAUCUCGUUGCCGAGGCUGCGAAACGGGCACAAAUGGCAGUUCUGAUGCGGGAUCUCGAGGCUGUUGGUUUAUAA